AUGACAGUGGUUGCAACACUUAUAGUCGAAGGUUUCUUAGUGGGGAAGAUGAAGAUGAUGCUAGGAACCACUCGAUCUAGGCAGAUACGUCAACAAUAUCGGUUGCCAUACGCCGGAGUCGCCAAAGAAAUCCUCGUGCCAUACGUCAGAGUCACCGGAGAUGGAGACAUGGCGUACGAGCGGUCGGAGACGGAGACAUGGCGUAUCAGCGGGGUGCGGUUUUUCUGGUUGGCGGUGAAGGUGAGGUUUUUCAGAUCGACAACAAAGUUUUUGGGUUUCCGAUCGACGUCUAUGAAGGUUCUUUGGGUUGGUGACGAGACUGGUGAAGGAGAAAUGCUUUAUAUUUGGCGAUGGAGAGGGAUGUUCUUGAGUGGCAAAAAAAAUCUACUUGAAGAUGGAGGUGGAGGAUGGUGGUGGUGA